ACAUCGCCAUAUCAGUUUACGAUAACAACAGACUGCAGGCUCAACAACAAUAACAGCAGUGUUGAUGCUGCUAGCAAACUGAAUUUCGCAGGCAGUAAAGUUUUAAACAGGUACCCUGGAAUUAACAGAGACUCACUCAGAUAUGUCUUACAUGUUCAUCAAUGAUUUGUCUCAGACAAAUGUACCACUCUUACAAGCUUGUGUUGAUGGGGAUCUGAACUAUGCAAAACGUCUUUUAGAAAGUGGCUUUGAUCCCAACAUUCGUGAUAACCGUGGCCGUACUGGUCUGCAUCUGGCUGCAGCUCGUGGAAACGUGGAAAUCUGCAGGCUUUUACAUAAAUUUGGAGCUGACCUUUUAGCAACUGACUACCAAGGCAAUACAGCUCUACAUGUCUGUGGCCAUGUGGAUACCAUACAGUUCCUGGUUUCAAAUGGUCUUAAAAUUGAUAUCUGCAAUCAUAAUGGGGCAACCCCCCUUGUACUGGCAAAGCGUCGAGGUGUAAACAAGGAUGCAAUCCGCUUACUAGAAGGACUAGAAGAGCAAGAAGUGAAAGGGUUUAAUCGUGGAACUCACUCGAAAUUGGAGACCAUGCAAACAGCUGAAAGUGAAAGUGCCAUGGAAAGUCACUCUUUGCUUAAUCCAAACCUGCAGCACAGUGAAGGAAUGCUGUCAAGCUUUCGAACAACGUGGCAAGAGUUUGUUGAAGAUCUGGGAUUUUGGAGAGUUCUGCUACUUAUUGUGGUCAUUGCUUUACUUUCUCUUGGGAUUGCUUAUUAUGUGAGUGGGGUUCUGCCAUUUGUUGAGAAUCAGCCUGAAUUAGUCCAUUAAGCAAAGUUAAAAUGCUUUCUUGCUUUGUUUUUUUUGCUUGCUUGCCUUUCUUUGAUAAAUGUGUGGUAACCUCCAUUGUGAUGAAACUUAAUGCUUCAACCUUCUUGUUUAUAAAAGUGAAUAACAGUGUAAUGUGCUUAACAGUAUUUAUAAUCUUAUUUUUUAUUCACGUUAACAUUUCUUGUCAACAUUGUUUAAAAUUAAAUGCCAUCAAUUGUCUUACCUUCUAUAUUUUUUGACAUUUGUUACUAUACUUUCUAAGCCAUAAAAGCCAUACUUAUAAGACUACAGAGUUUGGUGGUAUUGGUUAAAAACAAAAAUUAUUUUGUACAUUAAACUCCUUUUUUAAUUACUAAUCAGAUGGUGCCACUUUUACCAUAUAUUCGUAGUUUAUGGUUUGUGCUAGUACUUUUGGUUUGCAUUCCUAACCCCAAUGCAUAAUGGGUUGGUUUUUAUACGUCUAAUUCCACUGAUGGGCAUCGUUCAUUUAUCUUGUUUUAUGGAUCAAAAAUAACAAUGUUAUUGUAAAGAGUUUUGAGAAACAUUCUGCUGAUUGUUUUAUUUCUUGUGGUUCAUUAAAAUUUGUGUAUAGUAUGUA